UAUUAACAUUUUGUGUUGUGAAACAGUUGUGUCAAUGGCCAGAGCAGUGUUCACAUUAAAAUAGAUUAGUUCGCGGUGACUGACAGACCUCAAGUGGGCUGAUUUGCCAACUGAGCUUGGAUACUCGACGGCUUUGUGAAUAAGAUGGAAAACAAUAACCAUACGUCUGAGCAGCAGGUCCGACUCAUGAUAUGGACUGUUCCUCGCUCCAUCUCAACUGUCCUGGCCAAAUGCCUGAGCUUUGUUGACAACUCAAAAGUUUUCUUCGAAAACUAUGUCAGUGCUUAUGUUCUUGAUCCCGCUCUAGGACCUGACGAGUAUGAAAAUGCCGUACUCGAAAGGGCGAUGGGUGCUGUGGAGAAAGCCUUUUCUGAGGCAGCGGAGAUAUCGGCUGGGUUUGAUAUAUCUGAAUGCAACUACCAAUGGGUCAAGGAGCAGCUUGAGAAAGCCCACGUCGGAAAGAAGUUCAUCUUCUGUAAAGACAUGGCCUACGCCAUGUCAGAUCAGAUGGAGUUCCUCCCAAAGGGCUACCGGCACGUGUUCCUGAUCCGUCAUCCUCUCAAGGUCUUCCCGUCUUGGAAGAAGCUGUUCCAGGGAAUGGCAAAGGUGUCUCCAGGUGAAUUCAGCCUUACAGACUUUCCAACAAGGAUUUUCCCGAAAGGUUAUGGAUUCCGAGAGAUACACGAGUUGUUCGAGUACGUGAAGAAGAAGCUUGGUCAAGAGGUGAUCAUCAUCGACGCGGAUGAACUUCUCCAAGAUCCCAAGGGUAUCCUGUCGGCGCUCUUCAAGCUCAUCGGGCUACCCUUCGAGAAGAAGAUACUGAAUUGGGAAGCAGGGAGUGCAGUCACUGAGCUCUGGACCAUCCCAAAGCAAUUCUUACAAGGGAACCAACUGGGGGGUUACUACCAGAACGCACUGGAUAGUACGUGCUUCCUGAAACCUGGGGCUUUACCCGAGCGCUCAUCUCUUUCUCCCGACAUCCUCCGUUUGGUAGACGCCUCCAUGCCGUACUACGAGGCAAUGCACGCCCAGCGCCUAUUACCAUAAGACCUUUCCACUGUAUUGAGAGAUCGGUCUAUGGGUUUGUGAUGACAGAGGCUAUAUACAUGUAUCACUCUUGUUCAAACUCAUAAACUUUGCAUUUUAUACUGACGGAAAUCCAGUGACAGACAUGGUCAAACUUAGCUGAAUUCUGCCCAAAAUUAAAGGGUUUUUUUUUUUGGUCAACAGGCCAUUUCAACUCCAAGUGCGUCAACAUAAAACCCAGAGAAGUAAUCCCAGGACUGAGUGACCUUUGUAUGGCUUUAAAGGGACAUCGCACAUAAAUAUUGACGCCAAUAUUGAUGCCAAUAUUCACGACAUGGCCUCCAUGU